GCCCCUCCCUCCGCGCACGCGCCCCGCGGCGCCCUGGCGGCGGAGCCAAGAUGGCGGCGGUGGUUCAGAAUGUGGUCAAGCUGCUGGGCGAGCAGUACUACCGGGACGCCAUGGAGCAGUGCCACAGCUACAACGCCCGGCUCUGCGCCGAGCGCAGCGUCCGCCUGCCCUUCCUGGACUCCCAGACCGGGGUGGCCCAGAGCAACUGCUACAUCUGGAUGGAGAAACGGCACCGCGGGCCCGGUUUGGCGGCUGGGCAGCUCUACUCGUACCCGGCGCGGCGCUGGCGCAAGAAACGCCGCGCCCACCCCCCGGAGGACCCCCGGCUCUCCUUCCCUUCCAUCAAACCCGACACGGAGCAGACGCUGAAGAAGGAGGGGCUGAUCUCCCAGGACGGGAGCAGCCUGGAAGCGCUGCUGAGGACGGAUCCUCUGGAAAAACGUUCCCUGCCAGACCCCAGGAUGGACGACGACAGCCUGGGAGAGUUCCCGGUCACCAACAGCCGCGCACGGAAGCGGAUCCUGGAGCCGGACGAUUUCCUGGACGAUUUGGAUGACGAGGACUAUGAGGAGGACACGCCCAAGAGGAGGGGGAAGGGCAAGGCCAAGGGAAAAGGCGUCGGAGGGGCUCGGAAGAAGCUGGACGCGGCCAUCCUGGAGGACCGGGACAAGCCCUACGCCUGCGACAACAGUUACAAACAAAAGCAUUCCUUGAAACCUCCCGACCGAGUCUGCGGGAAGCGCUACAAGAACCGGCCGGGGCUGAGUUACCACUACGCCCACUCCCACCUGGCCGAGGAGGAGGGGGACGACAAGGACGAUUCCCAGCCCCCCACUCCCGUCUCCCAGCGCUCCGAGGAGCAGAAAUCCAAGAAGGGUCCCGACGGAUUGGCCCUUCCCAACAAUUACUGCGACUUCUGCCUGGGAGACUCCAAGAUCAACAAGAAAACCGGGCAGCCCGAGGAGCUCGUGUCCUGCUCCGACUGCGGCCGCUCCGGUCACCCGUCGUGCCUGCAGUUCACGCCGGUGAUGAUGGCCGCGGUGAAGACGUACCGCUGGCAGUGCAUCGAGUGCAAGUGCUGCAACAUCUGCGGCACCUCCGAGAACGACGACCAGCUGCUGUUCUGUGACGACUGCGACCGCGGGUACCACAUGUACUGCCUGACCCCGCCCAUGUCCGAGCCCCCCGAGGGGAGCUGGAGCUGCCACCUCUGCCUGGACCUGCUCAAGGAGAAGGCGUCGAUUUACCAGAACCAGAACAGCUCCUGAUCCUGCUCUUCCUCCUCCUCAUCCCCAUCCCCAUCCCCUCCUCAUCCUCACCCCCUCAGCUUUGGGGCCUU